GGGCGAGGAGUCAGGCACUACAAUUCCCGGCAUGCCACGCAGCAGCUGACAUAGCCCACGUGCAUUUUCCCCAGCUGGCAGCGCGCCGCCCAAGCGGUCUCCGCGUCUGAAGGCGAGUCAAAGGGGUUCGUGGUGUAAGAAGUGCCGCAUUCAGGAGCUGCUGCAGCUGCCCUCAUGGUAAAGCCGUGCUCUGAAUUCCCCUUUGGGUUGCUUCCCAAAUGGCAAGCAAAGAGCCUUGCAAAGGAGCAGAGCUGGGUGGAAACUGGUCUGUGGUGUUGGGGGUGCAUCAGGCAGCGUGGUGUGGUGGUUAGAGCAUGGUCAGCCAACGUGACGCUCUUCAGAUCUUGCUGGACUACAACUCGCAUCACGCUGGCUGGGGCUCAUGGGAGUGCAAAACAGAGAGGGAAAAAACAAACGCCAUAGAGGGCACUGUGCUGGCUUCUCCUAGCUUAGAGUGUCACACUAGGUUCUGGGAGACCUGGGUUCAAAUGCCCACUCAGUUACUGGCUGCCCCUGAGCCACUGUCUACCUGAAUUUUAUUCUGGGAAUAAAAGUGGAGAGGGAGAGAACCAGCUAUGCCACUUUGAAUUCCUUGGGGGAAUAGGGGAGAUAUAAAUGUAAUAAUAAGACAAAUAAAUGAAAGUGUGGAAGAGUAUGGAGCUUUGUCCACUCUGAUAAACUGUAAUUAGUGUUAAAUAUGGGUAGUUUCAAACAGGCCAGCUUCAAACCAUAAUUAAAUUAACUACAGUUUCAGGUCUGUACAGCGAGCGGAAGUGAAAGCCUCUGAACACUUGACAUGGGGGGGGGGGGGAGUCUGGUGCACAAGAACCGGAGACUCAUUGUGGUUUGUUCCUGCUUAUUUCUAUCAUGCUAAACUAUGGUUUGAUGUGACCAUGCUGAACAGGACCUUUGGGUUCAGACCCUUUCUGCAAGUGGAAUGAAUGAGCAGAGAAUGAACCAUUUGCUACAGAAGCUGUUUUCCAGGUAGCUUGCGCAAGCAAAUCAAGCCCCAUGGUCCUGAGGGAUGCAGAAAGCAUCCCAGAAAAGCUGGCCAGUCUGGCAUUGUGGGGAGGGAAUGUUUCUCUGAGCUCUCAGAAUAAAUCAAUCAAUGUAAAUAAUAAAGUUAUCCUGAGCGAAAAGUUAGCGGCUGCAUGCAUCUCUGAUGGUGGCAGGUCCAGCUACUCCACAUGUUAUAAUCUCUUGAGGGAUAGGGAAACUCGGGCCCAGGCAAGAGGUUGGGAGGAAAUAUGGCCCUCCAGGCCUUUCUUUGGGACUCCCACAAUCCACACCCCUCUCCAGCCUUGCUUCACACCUUCCUUGAAUGUUCUUGGCUGGUUGGGAUCCCUGUUACCCUCUCGCUUGCGUGACUGAAGAAUAGAGAUGUGUGUGAGUGUAAGUUGGCAAAAUUUACAUCUGUUGUUCCACCCACUUUUGCAUGUGGCCCCCAGGUGGCCACCCAGAAGAGAAUGUAGCCCUCUGUGUGAAAAACGACUCCCACCCCAGUGAUAUCUCAUGGAACUGUCUUUCAGGCUAGAAUCCUCACCGCUUGCGUUGACCUGCCCUUCCUCGCAUCCUGCGGAAGGUGUCUGCGAAACCAAGUUCCUCUGCGAUGGCAGAAGGGCUUCCCAGCCUCCACCUGUCCCUUUGGCGUUCUUACGGUGCUCAAACCCUGCAGUCAGCAAGGUCCUGGCAGUCAGCUGGCACGACCCAGAUGGCUGGGCACCUUAACCCCUUCUCAACGCGCCCUGGAGCAGAUGCCCGACUUGGAAAGCACCCAUCAAUAUAAGUUGAUUUACAGGUUUCCGUGGAUCAAGUACUGCAGAAUCCUUUCAAGGCUGAAGCUGCUGCAGACAGGCCUGACCAUCUUGGUUCUCCCGCCGAUCUGGGUCCUUUAUUGGCAGAACCAAGUUCCUGUGGCACAGUGCCUUUACUGUACGGGCCUUGCUUGCUUUGCCGCUGCGAUGCUCUACGGCAUGAGCUUCUUCCUCCGGCGCAUCAUUGGCAUGAUGUACCUGAGCAAAGACGGCACCCUGUUGAAAGUGGCUCACUUGACCUUCUGGGGGAGGAGGAGAGACAUCUACUGCCCAGUUGCCACCGUGAUGACUCUGGGGGACAUUGGCGAAGACCCCAACGAGCUGUUGCUACCGCUCAGGUGGUACGACCGAGAUAACGUCCUGUAUUUUAGUCUGCGCUAUGGGCAGGUCGUGGACAAGGAGGCAUUUGCCAAAGUGUUUGGAGGGCUUGGGUGACCUCGGGAGCAAGUGGGAGCCUUGGGGUCAUUUCUUGCUAGUUCGUAAUAUUUUGUGGUCACCAUGUUGGUUUGCUUUGAGUGGCGCUGGUCGGCCAACGGCAACGCUUCCAGCAGUGCAAAUGGAAGGCAAGCAAUUUUGGGUGAUUCUCACGCCCCACUGUAGAUGCUACUUCUUCAGAGUGAUGGGGGAAUCCUCUGGAUUUAUUAACUAAAUAAAUCUAAUGUAUGUUUUGGAAAGUUGCACGCUCGCUAUGCAUUCGGACGCUUCUUCAGAUAUCGUAAUCAAUUUUGGGGCGAUGUUUCCUGAGAUCGAGGAGCAGGUUUUCGUCUGUUUGGAUACAUUUGGAUUUUGAAUAAGGAUGCAGGAUUAGGCCCCAAUCCGACCAGAGUGAGCUCUGGCCAGUUCUCAACAAAAGCCAUCAGCUGUGAAAAGUUCUGUGGAGAGCAUGAAUGUGC